AUGGAUGAUACACAGGAAGAAGCUGUUCGGGAGUUGAAAAAGCAUCUCCAGGAACUGGAGGACACGCUUUCAGCUCAAGAGAAGAUCCUGCGAAAUCGAAGUCAAAAAAUGGCCUCAAUAUUGGUAUCGGUUGUAAAUACCGAACGGGCUCUUGAUGAAAACGCGGAUGAGUUGAGGGAAACUCAGUUGCAACUCGAAAAUGUAGUGGCUGAUAAUCGGAUAGCGCAUACAGAGCGAGAAAGAAUUCAGACUGCAUCUGAUGGUUGCCUACCGCGCGAUGAAUAUGUGCGUGAACUCUCGGAAGCUGACGCAGGCCUGAAGGAAAAGCAGGGCCAGGUUCAAGACCUUGUAGCGCAGGUGGAGUCACUGAAUGAGUCUGCCGAGAGUGCGGAGGCCCGACGGCGUCUCACCUUAGUGAGUCUUAUAACCAUUUUGGAUGAUCUGCACACAUCAUUAACUCGCAGCAUCCAACGCGUCCCACAUGAGGAAGAUGCAAGGGCGCGGGGUGUACUGAGAGCCAUACGCGAACUCUCCCGUGAGCGCGAACGGGCAAUUGGAUACUGUGUAAGAAAGAAGCGCGAGGUUACAGAUGUCAUUGAACUGAAGAAGCAGAGAGUGAAUGAGCUAGCUUUAGACCUACAGAAAAACCUAUCGGUCAUUGUUGAAGAUCAGGAAAAGUCUGCCCUUAGUGUUGUGGAAAAAAUACAAGAAGAACGCAAUGCACUUCGCGAAGAAGUUGAGAGUAUAAAGACUGCGAAUCAGCGCCUAUGGGAUGUACUUCGUGACACCAAAUAUUCCUCAGACUCCGUUCAGGGUGGGGAUUCUAAACGAGAGGUUGCCAUUUCCGUGAAUGAUGCUCUUCGCAUAACUGCCGGUGUUGAGGAGGAAAAGGAGCAACUUCGUGAACAAUUAAAGUUGUUUGAGGCCAAGCGGACGAAAUUACAGCGACUCAUAGAGGAACUGAGAGCGAGCAUAAAUACAGACAUGGAAAAACAUGCACUGAAGUUGAGGGACCUUAAACGUGAGAUUCAAGUCCAGCAAUACGAAAGUCACAAACUUGAAGGUGAAAACCGGAAACUGAAGUCCUUAUGCGACUCAUUGGCCGUGACACUUGAGGCGUGA